AUGAAUACAACACUAAGAUAACCCUUAUCAUAAUAUAACUCUAUUGAUAAAAGAGAAAAUAAAAUAGAUUACAAAUAAGAACUCAAAUCAUAUUCAUUUAUUAAACCUAAUACAUUAAAUUAAUAUUCUUAAUCAUAAUAAUAAUAAUAGCAAUAGUAGUAAUUACAUUCAUAGUAACAAUAAUAAUAGUAAUAAUAAUAAUAAUAGUAGUAAUAAUAAUAAUAGUAAUAGUAGUAAUAAUAAUAAUAAUAGUAAUAAUAAUAGUAAUAGUAGUAAUAAUAAUAAUAAUAGUAAUAAUACUAAUAAUAGUAGUAAUAAUAAUAAUAAUAAUAGUAAUAAUAAUAAUAAUAGUAAUAAUAGUAGUAAUAAUAAUAGUAAUAAUAACUAACAUAUUCAUAACACAAAACAUAAUCUUAGACAACUAUUGUUAACAAUAAUAAAAACAAUAAUUAAAUUUAAGAUUUAGAAACUUUUAUUAAGGAAAUUGAUAGAUUAUAGUUAGAAAAUUAAUAAUUAAAGGUUAAAGCACUAGAACCUUAAUUUAUUAUUUAAUAAGAUCCAAAAAUAGCUAUUGAAAAUCAAGAUCUGAAAGUAUAAAAUAUUAUUAAAUUAAAUAGAAUCAAGUUGAUUACCAUAAAUAAAAAUAUGAGUUGUAAGAAAAAACUCACAAUGAAACUGUUAGAUCUAUGGAUUUGAGUUGGAAACAAGAGGUUGCGACUAUGAAAUUUUAGAUGGAAUAAUUGGAAUCAAAACAUAGAUAAACACUUAAAUAAGAAUAACUUUAAGCCAAAUAAGAGAUUUCACUUCUUAAAUAAAAUUUAACAUAAAUAUCUAAUUCUGAUAAUAAGAAUUAAAAUUUAGUUGAAGUUAUGGUAAAUAAAUUAAUUUAAUAAGUUAGGAAAGACAAUUAAUAAAUUUAAAAAAAAGUAAUAAUGUUUUAGAAGAGAAGCUAUCAUAAGCAAUUCAAUAAUUUGAUUGUUAAUCAAAAGAUCAAGAGUUUACAUUACUAAAAUAAUAAGCAAUUAUAACUUCAUAGGAGUAACAUGUUUUAGAAUUGAAAAGUAAGUUGGGUUGUUAAAGAGAAUAAAAUUAAGGAUUAAGUAAUGAAUUAGAAAAAGUAAAAGAGAGAGCAGAUUAAAAGAAGUCAAUAGAAAAUACACUUACAAAUAAGUUAAAAUAAGUCGAAAGUGAUUUUGAACAUUUGUAAUAGACUUAUUGUUAACAUAAAGAAUAAUUAUAAUCUAAAAUAAAUGAGUUGACUGGUAUGUAUGGUAAAUCAUAGGAAUAAAUUUGUUUAUUAUAAUAGUAGUAGUAAAGAGAACAAAGUUUAAUAAAGAGAUUAGAGACAAAUUUAGAGAAUGAAGAAAAGAACCAUGAAUUGGAAGUGAAUGAUAUACAUAAAUAAAAAUAACUAUUAAUAGAGUUUUUGGAAUAAGAAUUAUUGGGAUAUAAAGAAUAAAACUAAUAAAUGAAAUUGAUGAAUUAAAAAUUAGAAAAUUAGCAUUAAGAAUAAAAGUAAUAUUUUGGUAAGAAUUUUCGAGAAUUGGAAUGCAAAACAAAUAUGUUAGGAGAAGAAUGCAGUAGAUUGAACAAUAUAAUAAAAUAAAAGGAUGAUCAAAUAUAUAAAUUAUAGGUUCAGUUGAAAGAUUUGAUGAGUAUGAAUGGAAAAAAUAAAAAUUAAGAAGAAAUAAUGGAAUAAUUAUAAACAAAAGAAGGAGAAAUAAAUAUAUUAAAAUAGUAGAAUGAGAGUUUGAUAAAUGAUUUGUCUAGAUAAACGGAUAGUUAUCGAAGUUUGGCUGGUUAACAUAAACAGUUACAGAAAUAUGCUGAAGAAGCUAAAAUAAAUAGUAUAACAAUGAAUGAGUUAAUGAGUAAGUUUGAACUAUAGGAGAGAGAAGUAGAACGAUUGAGAUAGAAGGUUUUGGAGAAAUCAUAAUAAUUAGAAAAAGUAUAAAAAGAGAAUUUAGAUUAUCAAGCUAAAUUGAAAUCAAAGUUAAGAUGAG